CCAUCAGAGACAGCGCCGGCAGCGGGUGCAUGCUACACAGUACACAGCGAGCGCAGUGCGUGCAUACAUGGGCAGUCGAAGCGCCGAGGCUAAGGGCGAUGCAGCUUAGCGCCCAGAGCGACAAUGGAGACAAUGGAAAUGCAGGUUGGCUCCCUUGUAAAACAGAUGGAUGCUUGUUCCAUGGACUGAAGAUCGCGGUCCGGCUGCUGCAACCGAAAUGCGGAGGAGGCGGCCGGUUACUCUUCGUGUAGCCACAAACGACGACAUCAAGCCCAAGUACUCUGUCAAAACUGAUGUUGCUCACUGUACGGCAACUGCACCAAACCAACUCCCGUACCGUCUGUUGAAUAAACAUGAGCUUGAAGGACCGUAGAUGAUAUCCCUGUACAUUCUCUUCCUUGUCUUUCUCUGCUACAUACAUGCUCUUGGCGCUGCCUGUUUGGCUCCCUUUGGGUUGGGUCAUGCUGGCAAGCGCAAAGCGAAC